AUGGAAAUUGAUUCCCCUCCUCUCGUGAUUCACAACGUCCACUUUAUCUGGGACGACCUCAAUACGCCAUACACAAUUACCAUUGAGAACGGCCUCAUCAGCGCCAUCUACCCCACCCCACCACCCCCUGCCCACGUCCCCUAUGCUACCAAUAUCAAUGGCAACCACGGGACCGUUCUACCUUCCUUCUGCCAGCCCCACAUCCACCUCGACAAUCCAUACCUCAUCCACCGCGGGCCACCUAUGGUCUGCGGAUCUUUCUGCGAGGCGCUGGAAUUGACAAAUUUCUCUAGGCAGGAGUACAUAGAGGAGGACUUGAUAGAGCGGGGACGACGGCUCAUUAUGGAGAAUGUCCAGGUUGGCGUGACGAGCAUGAGGUGCCAUGUCGAGGUGGAUGAGAUGGUGGGGUUGAAGUGCUUGGAGGCGGGAUUGAAACUAAAGAAGGAGUUUGGGGAUGAGGGUAGGGGUAUCUGUGACAUUCAGAUUGCAGUUUUUGCACAGGAAGCCGUGUUCAUCGGCGAAGACAAUGGCGUGGCCAUGCGGAAGCUGUUUUUCGAAGCGUGCGAGAGAGAAGGCGUGGAUGCGAUUGGAAGUACGCCGUAUGUAGAAACGACAGUUGCGCUGGCAAAGAAAAACAUCGACUGGAUCAUUGAUAUUGCCAUGCUCAACAAAAAGCAUCUCGACCUCCACCUCGACCAUAACCUCUCCCUCCGUAAUGAACCCCUUAUAUACCACCUCAUCCACACACUCAAAUCCCGCUCCUGGUCUACCAGCAUGCCCUCCCAUCUGCGCAUCACACUCGGCCACUGCACCCGCCUCUCCCUCUUCCCGCCCUACGAGCUACGCCAGCUCCACGAGCUCAUAUCGACCGACAACCUGCCUAUCCACUUUGUCGGUGUUCCGGCGGUCGAUCUGUAUUUCAUGGGCCGCGGCCCCACGGACGGGCCUGCUACGGGUGGUGGUGCGACAGAGAGAGGCACGCUACCGGUGAUUGACUGGAUUAGGAACUAUGAUUUUGAUGUUGCGCUGGGUGUGGGCAAUGUCGGGAAUGCGUUUACGCCGAUGGGUGGUGUGGAUCCGUUGGGGAUGGCGGCGUGGUUGGGAACUGUGUAUCAGGGUGGAAGUCAGGCGGAUUGUAGGGUGCUCUUGGAAUGUAUCACCACCCGCGCUAAAGAAGCAAUUGGUAUCAUGCAGAAUCAGUACAAGGACGAUGAUCGAAUGGCGAUCUCAGUGGGCGAUAAGGCGGACCUGGUGAUUGUGGGUCAGCGGAGUAGGGACAUGGGGGUUCAUGAAUUGUUUGUGGAGCCCGGGUAUGGCAGGAUUGUGAUUAAGGGAGGGAAGAUUGUUGCGAAGAGGGCGGUUGAGACUUGGAUUGCGUAG